GCUUGCUGUGCCCUACCUGGCCGAGGAGGCACAGCCAUGGGAUGAGCUGCUGGGCCUCUUGCCUCCUGGCUGCAGCCGCGGGGGCUUCCUGCUGCUGCUCGCUCUGCUGGUGCUCACCUGCCUGGCGCUGGCCAUCCUGGGGGUCUACCUGAGCGUGCUGCAGAGCGAAUCCCUCCGCACCAUGGCGCACACACUGCACGCGCAGGAGGAGACCUUACUCAAGCUGCGGCUGGCCAGCCUCAGCCAGCUGCGGAGGCUCAACUCCAGCGAGGCCCGAGCGCCCAGCUGAGAUGUGCCUGGGCCUGGAGUCGGGGGUGUGUGUGUGUGUUGGGGGAAUAAAGCGGCCCUUGGCAGGUUUGUCCUCUCCCCUCCCACUGCUGCUCCACCUACUUCCUGGUGAGGUUUCUGUGCAAGAAGCUCAUCUGCCCACAGCUGACCGCCUCUCCUGGCUUCUUCGGGCCAGGCCUAGCCGGGUCUCCUGGGGUCAAGGCCCGGCUCUGGGUGGCCCAAGGUCAGAGGCGGCGAUGCCAGCCUCCGGGCUCUCCCUGCGGCCUGCCAGCACUCCUUGGCCUCCCCAGAGAGCAGGUUCCUGAGUCUAGAAACAGCUGCCCCCAUUCCACUCACCCCAACUUUGCCAAGCUUCCCAGAGGGGUUCCAGCCUCAGCUCAAGACAGGCCAGGCUGAGCAGGAGGGCCAUCUAGGGAGGCUCCGAGGGCACAGG